ACGCCGCUGUCGGCCAUGAUGCCGUGCACGGACUACCUCACCAACAUGACCGUGCUGACACCCCCCGGCCAGUGCUGCGACGGGCUCAAGACCAUCAUCAGGGACGCGCCCAUCUGCCUCUGCCACGGCAUGACCGGCGGCUUGAACCAGUUCCUGCCCAAGCCCGUCGACCACCUCCGCAUGACCGCCCUCCCGCUCGCCUGCGGCACCGUGCUGCCGAUCCAAACCCUCUUCAUGUGCAACUCGAACCAGGUGCCGCCGAUAAUGCCGCCCACCACUGCAGAGCCGCUGAUGACGCCUGCUACACCGUAGAUAGUUUUGUCGAUCGAGAUUAUCUGUUGAUACUGCACCUAGUUUAUCCUCUAAUUAGUUUUAAGAUGGUUUUAGGAUAGUUUAGAAAUUGAAGUCAUCGUAAAGACUAGAGAGUAAGUAGAUUGUAUGAGGUCAUAUUAGUGCAGAGUUGCAGUCAUGUACAAUAUAAUGAUGAUUCAUCAGUGGAUUGGAUGGUA